AUGGCGCAGAACGUGGUCUACGCCGACCUGAAAUUUGCUGAGGGGUCUCCAUCCACUGUCCCCGAUGAAGACGACAGCCCCUACGAGAACGUGCUGCCAGGGCCGGUGACAGCAGUGCCCAGUCCAGAGCGCUCGCCCCGGCGAUGGCACAUCCCCAAAGCGCUGCUGCCAGCCAGCCUGGUCCUGCUCCUGCUGCUGCUGGUGGCCACCGUGGCCCUGGGGGCUUGCUACUGGCAGGUCACCCGCAGCCUGCAGGACACCUCCCGCAACUAUGCAGCCGAGCAGGGCCGCCUGUCACAGGAGCUGAGCACUCAGAAGCAGAGCCUGGAGCAGGCAGAGCUGGAGCUGGCGUGGGCCAGAGAGGAGCUGCAGCGAGCAUGGCACGAGGGCAACAUCAGCCAGCUGGAGCUGGAUAGAAUGAGCGCCGAGCUGGGGCACGUCAGGGGGGUCCUGGGCAAGAUGGAGAAGGAGAUGCAGGAGGUGCAGGGGAAGCUCAACAACAGCGAGAGUACUGUGAGCAGCCUGCGCGCCUGUGUGAAUACAGAGUGCUGCCCCUCAGGCUGGGUGCUCUACAGGAGCAAGUGUCUCUUCAUCUCUGUGCAGAAGAAGACCUGGCAGAGAAGCAAGGAUGACUGCAAAGCAAAAUCCGCUGAACUGCUCAUCCAAGAUAGCUUGCUACCAUUGACAGUACCGCAUUUUGUGGAGGAGUCUACUGAAAACUACUGGAUUGGACCAAGCAUUUAUUAUAACACAAAGGCAUCUUCUGAAUGGCAGGACAGAAGUCAAACCUGGAAUACAAUGUGCAGGGUAAUAGAAUAUGGGAAAAUCAGGCAUAUAUCGUGCCGGUAUUCCUUUCAGUGGAUCUGCGAGAAAUCCCCGAAAUUGAGCAGCACAUCUGAGGCCCAACCUCCUCUCCUGGACAAGAUCUGACUGCUGACACUCUACUCCACCUCUGGACUUGGCGACAGGAGCUGGGGAUGCACCCCAAGACUCUGUUCCCUGUGCAUGCAUUGCCUCAACUGCAUUACAAAGC